AAGCCGACCAUGGUUGGCCCGGCGGCUCCCCAUGGCCCCCCAUGGUCCCGGUGACGCCGGGCACUCCACUCGCCGUCCUCGCCAUGGCUCCACGAGGCCGGGCGCCGCUGCUGCCGCUGCUCCUCGUCCUGGCCUACAUCGCGGGGCCCUCCCGUCAGCAGGGAGUGCAGCUGCCGUGCACGACGGAUGGCGACUGCGACACCACGGGCGCGAGCUGCGUGGCGGGGGCCUGCUCGUGCCCCCAGGGCCAGGUCAUGACCAGCGACCUCACCACCUGCCUGGCCGGCGCGAGCGAGUGGGGCGCCUCCUGCACGGACGCGGUGCAGUGCGUGUCCAGGCUGCUGGUGGGCGGCUCCUGCGCCGCCAAGGAGGUCAUCACCUCGACGAGCACCUCGCCGACGACGGCCGCGCCGCCGGCCGAGGAGCGGGUGUGCCGCUGCGCGCAGGGCUACCACUACCUCCGGGGCCAGUGCUGGAGGAGCAAGGGCCUCGGCCAAGCUUGCACGCGCUCCGAGACCUGUUUCGCCAACCACGACAGCGAGUCCGUCGCCUGCGUCGGUGGCAAGUGCGCCUGCGCCACGGGCUUCUACCAGCGGGAGUACUCGUCGUGCCGUCGCAUCAGCACCGCGUUCGGACAGGAGUGCGGGAUCGGCGACGACUGCCAGUACGCCGACUCGGCCUGCGUGACCAGGAAGUGCGCAUGCCGUGAGGGCUACUCGUACGACAAGGACGCCAAGAAGUGCGCCCCGUCGAAGGACGUGGUGCAGGGCGCGCCGGCCGGCGGGCAGCACAAGAAGUGGCGGUGGAGCAGGAAGGCCCAGCCGCAGGCCGCGAGCACGGCGUCGAACAACGUCUCGGCCACGGCGGACGUGACGGCCGCCUGCUCGGUGGACUCGGACUGCGGCGACAACGGCGACUGCGUGUCGGGGACGUGCGUGUGCCAGCGCGGCUACUACAAGUCCGGCACCAGGUGCUACCCCGAGCUGCAGCAGGUGUGCUCCGGCGACGGCGUGUGCCGAAUGAAGAACGCCGUCUGCAGGCAGACGGGAGCCUCGGAUGCCUCCAAGAUGUGCUCCUGCAGCGGCGGGUACAUCCCCAGCGAGGACAUGAGGCUGUGUCGCAAGAUGACGCCCGAGCUACUGACCUGGAGCUGCCUGCACGACGAGCAGUGCGGCUACUUCGGCCCGAGCGCCGUGUGCGUGGAGAAGCGCUGCCACUGCGGCGCGGGCACGCACUGGGCGGCGGACAAGCAGUACUGCUGGGUGUCCAAAGCGGUGGGCGAGGCCUGCUCGGCGACCGAGGACUGCGCGGCCCUGUCGGCGGGCGGCGGGGCGGCGUGCACGGACGCGGUGUGCGCGUGCACGGCUGGCUACCACGCCUCCGCGGACCGCAGCGCCUGCCGCGCGGACGCGGACCACGUGGACGCGGCGUGCGUGGACGACCUCGACUGCACGGCCGACCACACCGUGUGCGCGAACAACAAGUGCGCCUGCAGCAAGGGCUUCAUCCCGCUCGUCUCGGGCAAGGGCUGCGGUCCAGGCGUCGGCGGCCCUUGCGCGAAGGACGGGGACUGCCUCGCCAAGGACUCCGUCUGCGACACGAGCUCCAAGACCUGCUCCUGCGGCGACGGUAUGGUGUCGUCCGCGGUCGGGGACGCCUGUCUUAAAGAGGCGGCGCACCUGAACGACACGUGCACCGAGGUCGCGCAGUGUCGCGCCCGCGCGGCCGACUGCGUCGAGGGGCGGUGCGUCUGCAGCAAGGACCUGUUCUACCGGGACGGCCAGUGCAGGGCGAAGCGCGCUUUGGGCGCGAGCUGCCGCUUGACCAGCGAGUGCUACCUGGACGCGCAGCCGGAGCGCGCCGAGUGCAGGAACGGCGUGUGCAAGUGCGGCUUCGCUUACGAGAUACCGGGCUACCCCGAGGCCUGCGCCGCGGCCGCAGGUCGCGCCGCCGGCGCUGCAGCAGCAGUGUCGCUCGCCGCCGGCCUCGUCCUGCUGGCCGCGUGGCGGUAGCGGCAGCCGCUGGCAGUGUGGCCGAGACCCAACCCUCUCUCCCUCCAACCCCAGGCCCACCGCCGACCGCCGCCACCGCCGCCGCUGAUGUUGCUUCCCGAUAGCAAGACACAGGCAAUUAACUAGAUGCAGGGUGCUGGCAGAUUUAUUCGCUGACCAUGGGAGGGGGCGGGGCGGGCUGGCGUGCCACCCUGCCGUGAAGGGAGAGAGAGAGAGAGAGAGAGAGA